AUGCUUCGUCUCUCCUGGCUCGUGUCCGUAUUUGCAGCGGGGAUUUUGGCUCAAUCUCCGCCACAAACGUUCUUUCCAGCUAGUGUUCCUUUGGCUAUUCGCUCUCCGUACAUGAGUAUUUGGUCGGCUACAUCAAACGUUUCCGCACCCCCGUCGGAUUCCUGGCCUCUUUUCUGGGGACAACACGCGCGUAUCGAUUUGUCUCACGGUUCACAGACGAUUAUGGAUCUUCAAGGAACCGUCAGGGUGGAUGGAAAAACGUACCUGUGGACGGGGCAAACGGAGACGACUAUAGAGGCCUUUUCUGCAAACCUCUCCGCCGUUCGAAUCACACCAACACGUACGAUUUUCGUCCUGCAAGCAGGCCCCAUUAACGUGACCAUCACCUACCUGUCGCCAAUUGAACCAUCCGAAUGGGUAUUGCAGUCCUUCCCGUUCUCCUAUGUGUACUUCGAGGCAGCCUCGCUCGACGGCCGCCCUCACACGAUCCAAGUUUAUUCAGAGCUCACCCAGCUCACCGGAGAUUUGAUAGAGUGGUUAUCGAAUGACUGGUACGAUAGCACAAUUCGGUGGAAUCAAUAUAGCACGGACAGUGUAGUAACCCACAUUCUGCUUGAGAACCCGCAGAAGUAUGUGGAGGUCCGCAUGCUCGCACGGGAUGUGGAAGCCUACUUUGCGAUGGCAUCUCGGGCCAAUCUUACGUGGCAAAUCGACGGGAACGAGAACCCAAGGAGACAAUUUCAAGCUGAAGGAGUGUUGACGAAUACUAGCAGUACGGCUUUUGCCACCAUAGCACCGGACAUUGUGUUAUUUGGUAUCUCUGCCGACCUGGGCCAGAUUCAAAGCACAUCGUCUCCAGUGGCAUGGGCCUUGGGAGUUGUUCGGAAUCCCUCGAUAGGCUACACCUCUGCAGAUAAGAUGACACAAGAUUUAAGCCCCUACUAUGUGACACGUUAUCCCGGAACAAGCAUGACUCAAGCUAUUGAUGACUUCACUGCCAGGUUCAUGGAGCUUCAGCAAAGAGCGGUUGCGCUGGACGAUGCUAUCUUAGGGAGCGCGUCGAAAAUAUCGACGCAGUAUGCUGAUCUCGUGUCUCUUGCCGCUCGCCAGACAAUGGGCUCAUUGGACUUUACGGUAUCGACCGGGGCCGAUGGCAAGCCGAAUGCCUCCGACGUUCGCAUAUUCAUGAAAGACACGAGCGGUACUACGGCGGUAGGACGCGUCAACCCCGUGGAGAAAAUGUAUGCUGCACUUCCCAUGCUGAUCUAUCUAAAUGCCUCUCUAGUGGGGCCUCUCCUUGUGCCGCUCCUGGACGCACAGGAUGGCAUGCUCGUGCAGCCGUCUGCGGCGCAGGAUUUGGGUAUGAUCCCUCUGCAACUUGAUGCAUGCACUGUAGCUGACCAUAUACUAGAAUCCGGCAACAUGCUCAUUAUGCUCUACGCUCAUGCACGGUUCUCUGGCGACGGGACCCUGAUACAGAGACACUAUAGUCUCGCGAAGCGCUGGACAAACUACCUUGUCGAUAAUUCCUUGGAUCCGUCCAGCUUGCAGGUCUCCACUGAUACUGAGGCCGGGACUCCUGCCAAUACAACGAAUCUCGCGCUCAAGGGUAUAAUUGGCGUCAAAUCAAUGGCCGAGAUGUGUCGCGCACUGGGCGAAGAUGCUGACGCACAGCUAUACGAUGGACACGCCGCCGCCCUCGCUGCGGCAUGGCAAUCGCUUGCGCUCUCUUCAGACGGGUCGCAUCUUCUUGGGGUUUACGGCGAUCAGCAGUCGUGGGCGCUGAUGUACAACAUCUAUGCAGACCGCCUUCUGGGCACGGGAAUUGUGAACCACUCUGUGAGUUGCGCGUGCUCGCCGACGGAUUUCCACCUGCUCAUGUCCACACAGAUACUGCAAGGUCAAACAGUGUUCUACAAGACCCUCCUCAACUCGGCCUGGAUACUCUUUACCGCAGCUAUUGUGACGGACGAUGGCGUGCGCGACAGCCUCAUCCGUGGCGUAUGGAACAGAGCCUCUUUUAACCAAACAGAAGGCCCAUUCCCGGACUCGUACGACACGAGCACCGGUGCGGUACCUUCAAGCUCCGCAUUAACAAACGCCUCGUAA